CGGGCCGCUGGGCUGGGCUUUUCCGCCGGGCCCCUCCGUCCCGCCUUGCUUGUUGGCUUGCUGGCGAGGCGAGCCGACGGUCUGCUGCCCUGUCCGGCCGUCGGCGGCGAGCAUGGAGCGGGCCGCGCUCUUCGGCAACGGCCGGGAGGCGCCGAUGGACGCGGGGGACGUGGGCGAGCUCUUGAUCCCGUACAUGCCCACCAUCCGGGUGCCCAAGACUGGCGACCGCGUCUACAAGACCGAGUGCGCCUUCUCCUACGACUCGCCGGAUUCUGAAGGAGGCCUCUAUGUGUGUAUGAAGACUUUCCUGGGAUUUGGACGGGAACACGUGGAAAGGCAUUACCGGAAGACGGGGCAGUGCGUGUUCAUGCAUUUGAAGCGGCACACAAAAGAGAAGGUUACAGGGGCGUCUGGUGGAGCUUUACCAAAAAGGAGAAACACCAAGCUAUUUUUAGAUCUAGAAUCCAAUGGUGAUUUAAACAAUGAUGAUUAUGAAUAUGAGGAUGAAGCCAAACUUGUCAUAUUCCCUGAUCACUAUGAGAUCCCUUUGCCCAAUAUAGAGGAGUUGCCAGCCCUGGUGACAAUUGCUUGUGACGCGGUCCUCAGUUCAAAAUCACCUUAUCGAAAGCAAGACCCCGACUCGUGGGAAGAUGAGCUGCAAGUUUCCAAACAUGCCAACAGUCUUGUGCAGAUGGACAAUGGAGUCAGGAUUCCGCCAAGUGGCUGGAAAUGCUCGAAAUGCGACCUGCGGGAGAACCUUUGGUUGAACCUGACGGAUGGGUCAGUAUUAUGCGGAAAGUGGUUCUUUGAUGGCAGCGGGGGAAAUGGACAUGCCCUGGAACACUAUAAGGAGAUGGGUUAUCCCUUAGCUGUGAAGCUUGGAACAAUUACUCCUGAUGGCGCAGACGUCUAUUCCUUUGAUGAAGAGGAGCCAGUUCUGGACCCACACAUAGCCAAACACUUGGCACAUUUUGGAAUCGAUAUGCUGCAGAUGCACGUGACAGAGAACGGCCUGAGAGAUAAUGACAUAAAACCCAGGGUCUCUGAAUGGGAAGUGAUCCAAGAAUCUGGUAUGAAGCUGAAGCCGAUGUAUGGGCCGGGGUACACUGGCAUGAAAAAUCUGGGCAACAGCUGUUAUGUCAGCAGCAUCAUGCAGGCUAUUUUCAGCAUCCCUGAAUUUCAGAGAGCGUAUGUGGGAAACCUCCCAAGGAUAUUUGACUAUUCCCCUUUGGACCCAACCCAAGAUUUUAACACUCAGAUGGCUAAAUUGGGACACGGCCUCCUUUCAGGCCAGUACUCUAAACCACCUGUGAAAUCUGAACUCAUCGAGCAGGUGAUGAAGGAGGAACACAAGCCUCAACACAAUGGCAUUUCCCCACGCAUGUUCAAAGCUUUUGUAAGCAAAGGGCACCCAGAAUUCUCUUCCAGUCGGCAACAAGAUGCACAGGAGUUUUUCCUGCACCUGAUAAAUUUAAUAGAGAGGAACCGCAUUGGCUCUGAAAAUCCCAGCGAUGUCUUCCGAUUCUUGGUGGAAGAGCGCACGCAGUGCUGCCAGUCUCGGAAAGUCCGGUACACAGAGAGGGUUGACUAUCUCAUGCAGCUGCCGGUGGCGAUGGAGGCUGCAACAAACAAAGAUGAAUUGAUUGCCUACGAGCUAAAGAGGAGAGAAGCGGAAACAGCAAGGAGGCCACCUCCAGAGUUCGUUCGUGCCCGGAUCCCAUUCAGUGCCUGUUUACAGGCUUUUUCAGAACCAGAGAAUGUAGAAGAUUUCUGGAGCAGUGCCCUUCAAGCCAAGUCUGCUGGAGUUAAAACUUCUCGCUUCGCGUCAUUUCCUGAGUACCUUGUAGUACAGAUAAAGAAAUUCACCUUUGGCCUUGACUGGAUACCCAAAAAGCUUGAUGUUUCCAUAGAUAUGCCAGACCUUUUGGACAUCAGUCACCUCCGUGCCACAGGCCUGCAACCGGGAGAGGAGGAACUUCCAGACAUCUCUCCACCCAUUAUCAUUCCUGAUGACCCCAAAGAUGGCAUGAUGAACCAUUUCAUGGAGCCUCCAGACGUUGAUGAAUCCUCAGUAAUGCAGCUAGCAGAAAUGGGUUUUCCACUUGAAGCAUGUCGGAAGGCCGUCUACUAUACGGGCAACAUGGGUGCCGAGGUGGCUUUCAACUGGAUCAUUGCUCAUAUGGAAGAACCAGAUUUUGCAGAGCCUUUAGCCAUUCCUGGCUAUGGAGCAACUGCUUAUCCAGGGAUAACUGGUCCGGGAACUCCCGGACUGGAUAACCAGCCUCCUGAAGAGAUGGUGGCCAUUAUUGCCUCUAUGGGCUUCCAGCGGAAUGUCGCUAUCCAGGCAUUACGGGCAACAAAUAAUAAUUUGGAACAUGCAGUCGAGUGGAUCUUCAGUCACCCGGAUCCUGAAGGGAACGAAACUGCUUCCGAGGCUAUGGUCAUGGAGAACCAUAUGAAUGCCAACCUCCUUGCAGAAUCCGAUCCAGAGGGGCCCAGGAUCAAAGACGGGUCUGGAAGAUAUGAACUCUUUGGGUUCGUCAGUCACAUGGGAACAUCUACAAUGAGCGGUCAUUAUGUUUGCCAUCUCAAAAAGGAGGGAAGAUGGGUGAUCUACAACGAUCUUAAAGUCUGUGCCUCAGAGCGACCACCCAAAGAGCUGGGCUAUAUUUACUUCUAUCGCAGGAUACCAAGUUAGGCCUCAGUUGUGUCUCUUGGCCUUAGGAAGCCAUAGCCUUUUUAUUCUGCCAAAUAUAUAUAUACAUACAUAUAUAUAUAUUUCAAAGAAGCAAAGCCUUUGGACUGCCAAAAAAUGGGAAACAUUUGGGGUACUAUUUAUAGCUUAAAUCAGGAUCAGUCGUUUGAUGCCUUCUUAAACCUUAGUGGGAAAAAAAUCUUAGGUCAUGGUGCGGUAUAAGGUUUUAAAAUUUGUAUACGUUUUUCUGUGGAGACUGUAAGAUUGCUGUCGUUACUAGUGGAGUUUGCAACAAGCAAUUGGACAACGGGAGGCUGUUCCUGGACUCUGAAACAACCACCUGACCUUUGGCCUUCCGAGACUUGAUUGAAUCAUGUAGGCCGGCCAUGACUGAUGACUGGAGAAUCUGGUGCUUUCCCCCAUAGAAGCGAUGUUGCCUUUUCAGAAUUUAGUGGAGGAUCUGUUGGCUGGCACAAUUCGUAGGAAAAUCAUGAGCUUUGUUAUAUGCCUGUGGUUUAAAAAAAUCGGAAUAAGUCUUUCGCUCUGCCUCAGAAGCUCAUGGCCCAGAUUAGUUUUGCCAGAACCAGAACUUCAAAUUAAGAUUAACUAGCGGUGCUACAGAAAUGCAGUGCUGCCAAAUAGAAAAUUGAAAUAAUUCUUUUUUUAAAAAAAUGAGUGCUUCAGAUGAUUUAAAAAAAACAUAUCUGUGGCUUCUCAUCCUAAGAAUUGGAAUUGCUGAUGGCAAAGAUGCUCCAUUAUGAGAAAGUGCAGCUCCAUUCAUUUCAAGGGAGGUAUAUCUGUACACGGAUCUCCUCUUCCUGUUGAGGACAGCACACACAAGAGCUGCCUAUCUGUGUAUCAGACCUCCUUGUAGGGCUGUGGAUGAGCAAACUAGUUUGUUUUUUCCUCCUUGGGCAGGACUACAGAUAAAUUGGAGCAUGCCAUACAGAUGCUAUGAAAAUACCCCUCCCCAGACCCAUGUUAAUCUUGUUUGUAACAUUUGCAGAUAUUCCCAGUGUGUCUUGUUCACAGUGUCCCUGCCCCAGCAGCCACCAAGUAGCGGAAUGUUUGUGAUUGUAGAUGAUGGGGGAGUUACAUGGUGAGAAUGUGCCCAUGAUACGUAUUGGGUGGAGUUCCCUUCUGGCGCCCUCUCCACAAUGACCGGAACAUGCUCUGGGCUGAAGUCACAGCUUCUUCCAGUUUUGGGGCUAUAUAAGCAUAUCAAUCCCACAUUUCAUAUAAAUAAUUUUAAAAGGGGGCAGUGGUUCUUUAAAGAGGAGCCCUGAAAUCUCAGGCAGCGAUACUCUGAAGCAAAAUUGUUAUUUUGGCAAUGACACAUGCUGCCCUGCUCUUGAGUUGAUUUUAGUCUUUGAAGUUUCUUCCAGGGCUAGAAGAGAUAACACAGGGUAAUUGUUGCUGGAUUUAUUUUUAUUAUCCACCGGUUAUGAAGGAACUUAAUUAUUCUGUGUUUCUAAAAGGCUCCCCUCUGCUCCCUCAAUUGUCUCACUCAACUUUCAUAAAGAUUUUAAUUUUGUUCUUAACUGAUUAUUUGGAUUCACAGUCCUGAGACAAUUAAGUCGACUGAUUGCCCUGGAGCAGGCAGUUCCGUGAAAAGGGCAGAUAUAUCUAUAUUCUUUGUUUAACUCUUGGCAAGCUCUUUGCAGCAAUUCAAGCACUGUCAUACCAUGUAUGCCACUUGCAGCCACUGUCUUGGUCACCUGUCCCCUUCUUCUGCCCAGAGCAGCUACUGCUCCUUCCUUCCUCAUUCACUCUCUGUCCUGGCAUCUUUAAGAAUAGUACAGUAACCUGCUGAAAUGCUGGAGCUUAAAGACUUGGGACUCUCAAAAGCCAGACAAGGCACACUACUGCCUGGUCGGCAGUACUGUUUGGUUGGCAGUACUGUCAGUGGUGACUCCAGAGCAUAUUUUCCUAAAGCCUAUGCCGCCCGCUCUUGGAACAUUGCUGUGGGCAAAUUAGAAUGCUGUGUGCCAUCUCAUGCCCUUGUCUAUGGCUGCCUUGAAUUUCUACUUCCUCAUCAUCAGGCACAUGGUAUGAUCCUUGCCAGCUGAUCUCUUUGAUCUUGCUUCAUUUGAAAUGGGCAGGUGUGUGUGUGCGUGCGUUUGUGAGAUUCACUAGAAAGUGGCAUCAGCACAAAACUCUUGGCAAGCAAUACAAUUUGUAUUCUCCCCUAGUGGUCCUGCCUCCAGGAACUGAAAAGUAGAGCAUAUAUUGGUCAUGGAGGCAUGACUUUUGGAACUCUCCAGGAUUCCCUUUAAGUCUUUGUUUUAAAAAGAGCAAAGAAAAGGUGUUGGAGAGACCUUUUUAUUUUUAUUUUUUGCUAGUGCAGAAUAUUGGUUGGGGUAACCUGGCUUCAGGCCUUACUCCUUUCAAGCAAAAUGGCAAGAUUUAUUUAUCUCGUUCCUUAUAGUUUUUGCAAAGUUCAUAUUUUGUUGUGCCAAGGAAGUCUUGUUCUACUGACAGAUAGCCCUUCCAUCAUCAGAAAUGUACCUUUUGAAUCUUGAGAUCCCAGCCUAUAUUAGGAGCCAAAGUUUCAUUUUGUGUUCACUGCAGCCACUGGCUGAACCUUCAUUCAUGGGCAGUUCCCGAAACAGAGUGCAAGCCAUCAGGUUGUUCUUCUAAGUAUGUUCCCAUUUAAAUGAAUGGGAGAAGUCUACCAGCAAAGCAAGUGUGUACAUAGUUACAGUAAAUUAUGCCCAAGAACUGAUGUAUAAUGGAAAGUGAGAUCCUCUUUGAUUCUAGAUUCCGUUAGAUACGAAAAUAACUUAAAGGCUGUCCUGUAAACAUAUACAGAUCUUUAAAAAAACUUUGUGUGUGCUUGGCUGUUUCUUUGAGAGUUGCAAAUUCAGGAGGAAAAAACGUCCAAAUACUAUUUUCCAUUAAUUUUCAUUAAGCCUUAAGGAUCUAAAUUCUCAUCACAGAGUCAGCGUUCAAAAUGUGGGUAACAUUUGAAUCGCAAGGAGUCAAAGCCAACACUUUAUUGCCAACAUCAUUUGUGCAGUUAUUCUUGAUGUGUUGGUCAUCACAGAUGCAUUUAACCCCAUCAACAGUGAUUUUUUUUGCAUUACAAUUUUUGGUGCACGUAUGUUUUUUAAGCAAUCAGAUGUGAACAUACAUAUAUAACUUGCAGCUGAAUGGGUAAUGAAUGGGUAAUGUAUCUUUACUGGACAAUCAUGAAUGGAAUCCUACUUUGCUGUUGCGUAAUCAUGGGCAGAAAGGGGACUCUCCCUAGAAAAUCGGCUUCAGAGCUACUGGCAAGGUAACUUUUUAGAAAUUCUGAGAAGUCAACGUCAGGCCAGGUUGGAUGCUUUAAAAUCUUCCAUGCAAAGUAGCCCCAUAGAGGAGGCAACAUGGCAGCAGAUACAGGAAUCACAUCCUGAAAUUGUCAGCACAGAAGUGCAGUGUUUAGAAAUACUGCCACACUACCACCAGUCAUUACUGUGUGUUCUCCCAUACAGUUGUAUGUUUGUUCAUGUGGCUGUGGGCACAUGGAGGAUUUUAAGUCAUCUGAACUGGCCUGUUACUUUGCGGACUGGUAAGGUGGAGGUCUUAGAUGCCGAUUGUAAUAUUAAAAGAUGGAUCUUCCCGCCUAUGGCCUUGUUUUCCACCUCUGAAGCAGUUCCACUAGUUUUCCGGGAAGUUUAACUUCCAAGGCAUUGAAUGACUAUGCAAAAUUGUAGUGGAACUGGAUGUGCCUUUUUGAUGUCAUCUCUUCUCCUUGCUCACCCUUCUCCCUUCCUCAAAUUGGAUUGGAAUCAUUGUAUGAACUCUGUCUCACCUGUUGAAGUUGUCUGAUGUAUCCUGGAAACAUUUGCAAAGUGAACGAGUGUUUUGUGCCACUCAGAAUUGUUAGCUUGAAACACUAUUCAGGUUUUGGAGAAAAUUUGCCUGCCACAUGCAGGCAUAUGAAUGAGAGAUUGUUGCAAUUGUUUUAAAUUAAAAAAUAAAUUCUCACA